AUGAUAUUAUCUCGUCUUCGAAGUGAAGCCCGUGGCGGGCCAUCAUCUGGCUCAUCGACCCGUUAUAGUGGCAGUGUUUAUAGUGGCAAAGUACAUCAUGGCCAACAAGCCAACGAUCCUGACCUUAAACGAGCUCUUCAAUAUUCGUAUACAUUACAAGCUGUAAAAAAAUGGGAAAAGCGCUGGGUAGUCAUUCACGAAACAUCUAUGCGUGUUCACAAAUGGAUGAUAGCACCAGUAGCAACGUCAAUACUUGCUUCACAAACUAUUGUUGACAAUACAGCUGAUAUCACUAAAAAUAAUACUGAAAAACAACAAGAAGAAACUACAAUACAACAGAAUCAGCAAGAGUCUGUUACAGAUGAAACACAAAAUACACAAAUAAUGAUGGAUGAAGAGAGCAUUAGUCAAUCAAGCUAA